AUGAGCUCCAACAGCACAGACCCUGGCCUCUACCUGACCGUCAGCUCCCCAGGAAUGGGCAUCGACUACCCAGACACCAACGUUCUCCACAUGGACAGCUGGCCAGAGCUAACCAGCCCAGAUGACAAUGACUCCUUCCUCAGUGGCCUCUUCAACUUUACAGGCUCGCUCAAUGAGACGAGGACCUCUCUGACCUAUGACCCUCUUGGGGGUCACACAGUGUGGCAGGUGGUCCUCAUCGUCUUUUUCACCGGCCUCCUGUCCCUGGUCACCAUCAUUGGCAACAUCCUGGUGGUUGUAUCCUUCAAGGUCAACCGCCAGCUCAAGACUGUCAACAACUACUUCCUGCUCAGCCUAGCCGUGGCUGACCUCAUCAUCGGGGUCAUCUCCAUGAACCUCUACACCACCUACAUCAUCAUGGGCCAGUGGGCCCUAGGCAACUGGGCCUGUGAUCUGUGGCUGGCUAUUGACUAUGUGGCCAGUAACGCAUCCGUCAUGAACCUGUUGGUCAUCAGCUUUGACCGCUACUUCUCCAUCACCCGGCCCCUCACCUACCGUGCCAAGCGGACCACACAGCGGGCUGGCCUGAUGAUCGGCCUGGCCUGGUUCGUGUCCCUGGUCCUGUGGGCCCCAGCCAUCCUGUUCUGGCAGUACUUUGUGGGGGAGCGCACAGUGCCCCCUGAUAAGUGCUACAUCCAGUUCCUCUCAGAGCCCAUCAUUACAUUCUGCACGGCUAUUGCUGCCUUUUACCUGCCUGUCACUAUUAUGAGUGUGCUCUACUGGCGUAUCUACAGGGAGACGCAGAUCCGUGCACGGGAGCUGGCGGGCCUGCAGGGCUCAGGGAGCCGAGGCAGGGGAGGGGAAAGGGCUCACUUCGUCCACCACCAGGCUGGGAGCGCCAGGAGCUGUAACAGCUAUGAGCUGAGCCUGUCCUCCCAGAAGAAGAGCCCCAGCCAGGCGCUGGCCGCACGCUUCCACUGCUGGCCCAUGAUGCGCUCCUGGAGGCCUGGCAACGCCCGGCCCGUAGAGGGGGAUGCCGACCACAGCAGCAGCGACAGCUGGAACAACAACAACGCCAGGCUGUCAGUGGACCACUCGGGCUCCUCUGAGGAUGAGGAGGGAAACGGUAGAGGGAUGAUGCCCCAGGGCCACGCCAUCUUCUCCAUAGUGCUCAACCUGCCGGGGAUGAAGGCAGCCGUCAACUCCCACCUCACCUCCUGCGAGGACCUGGACAUAGCCUCAGAAGAGGACCUCCUGAGGGGGGAGGAGGACAGCCGGGACAGCCUCUCUACCAUCACCACCACCACCACCACCACCACUACUACCACCCCUGAUGGGGCCAACACAGACACCAACAGCCACCACCAACGCUUCCCCUCCCGGAUCUCCAGAGUCCAGUCCAUGCCUGCCAUCCAGGCCACCAGAGUGGGGCCGAUCUCUGGCUCCCCUGCCACCACCACCAAAUCACCCUCGAUGCCGAUCUCCUUCAGAGAGGCAGCUCUAGCCAAGAGAUUUGCCUCCAGGGCACGGACGCAGAUCACCAAGCGCAAGCGCAUGUCUCUGGUAAAGGAGAAGAAGGCGGCACAGACCCUCAGCGCCAUUCUGUUUGCCUUCAUCAUCACAUGGACACCCUACAACAUCAUGGUGCUGGUCAACACCUUCUGUAAUGGCUGCAUCCCUGAGGCUCUGUGGGCACUGGGCUACUGGCUAUGCUACGUCAACAGCACCGUCAACCCCAUGUGCUACGCCUUGUGCAACAAGACCUUCCGCACCACCUUCAAGAUGAUACUGCUCUGCCACUGGGACCAGCGCAAGCGGCGGCGGAAGCAGCAGUUCCAGGCACGGCAGUCAGUUGUGUUCCACAGGAGAAUUCCUAAAGACUGA